GGCACAUUGCUGGACUAUGUGCGCGAGAAGAAGUUUCUGGAUGAGGCGCAGUCGCGCAAUCUCUUCCGGCAACUCAUCAGCGCUGUGGAGUACAUACACAGCAAAGGAGUUGUGCAUCGGGACAUCAAGUGCGAGAAUCUGCUGCUAGAUGAGAGCUGGAAUUUGAAGCUAAUUGAUUUUGGUUUUGCGCGCAAGGACACGCGCACCAACGACAACCAAGUGGUGCUCUCAAAAACAUUUUGCGGCAGCUAUGCCUAUGCCAGUCCGGAGAUUCUAAAGGGCAUAGCUUAUGAUCCUUUUAUGUCUGAUAUUUGGGCCUGUGGCGUAGUUUGCUAUGCCAUGGUCUUUGGCCGCUUGCCCUAUGAUGGCUCCAAUGUGCACAUAUUACUUAAACGCAUUAAUCAAUCGCUUGUAUUUCCCAAAAAUCCAGUGGCUACCAGUGAAUGCAAGCACAUUAUAAUGCAUAUAUUGGCGCCUGUUAAAAUCCGAUAUAAUGUGGCACAAAUCAAGGAAGAUAUUUGGUUUUCUCAGACUUAACACCGUUCAGUUGUCGCUGUUGUCCUGCAAGCAAAUGCAUAUAAAUUGAAAGUUAAUAAAAUUACAUAAUAAAAUUCAAAUUCAAAUUCAAA